AUGGCGGCGGCGGCGGCGGCGGCUGCUUCGGCUGCUUCGGCUGCUUCGGCGCCCCAGUCGCUGUCGGAUGAGGAGCUUUUCUCUCAGCUCCGCCGUUACGGCCUGUCUCCUGGACCGGUGACGGAGAGUACCCGCCCCGUCUACCUCAAGAAGCUGAAAAAGCUUCGAGAGGAGGCGCAGCAGCAGCAGCAGCAGCAACACCGGUCAGGGGGCCGCGGCAACAAGACGCGGAACAGUAAUAACAAUAACACGGCAGCCGCGGCGGUCGUCGCUGCGGGACCGGCGGUGGCGGCGGUGGCGGGGAUGGGGGUCCGGCCGGUCUCGGGCGACCUCUCCUACUUACGGACUCCUGGGGGUCUGGGCCGAGUGUUGGCCCCGGGUCCGGAGAGCCCUCUGGGAGGCCCCGGGGGCGCCUCGGCCGCCCCCACGGCUGGCAGCAAAGUCCUGCUGGGGUUCAGCUCGGACGAGUCGGACGCAGAGGCCAGUCCGGGGGACCAGGCCGGCGGCGGCGGCGGCGGCGGCGGCGGGAGGAAGGACCGGGCUGCGCUCCAGUACCGCGGGCUCAGACCGCUGCCGGCGCCCCUGGCCGCCGGCGAGGUGACUAACAGCCACUCGGCCGAGCGGAGGAAACCCCACUCGUGGUGGGGCGGCCGGCGGCCGGCGCCUGCCGAGCUGCAGCCCCCGUCGCCGAAAGAUGGAGCGGGGGAGGGCGAGGACGAGGAGGGAGGGGACGGCGAGGAGCGGGGCCCUGAGGCCGAGGAGCCGCUGUGGUCCAGCCGGGCCGUGAAUGGCAGCCGGCUGCUCUCGUACAGCUGCCGGGAAGACUACUCGGACUCGGAGGAGGAGGACGACGACGACGUGGCCGCGGCCAGACAGGUCUUCAGAGACGACUCCCUGUGCCGGCCCCGGCCCCGACGGGGCCACGGGAAGCUGCUCGCCCCGCUGGCUGCGAAACCUGCCGGCAGCCGGCUGGAGACUUCGGCGGCGGGAGGGGGAGGACUGGCGAUGAAUGACAGGGCGGCGGCCGCGGGGAGUCCAGACAAGAGCCGCCACCUCGAGGAGACGGCGGCGGCGGCCGCCUCGCAGCCGGGAGGAGGGUGUGAUCCGCUGGCCUCCUGCCCGGUUCCUAGAUACCGUGUGAACGCCAAGAAACUGGCCCCUCUCCUGACCCCGCCGCUGACGGACGUGGACUCGACCUUGGAUCCAUCCACCGGCUCCCUUCUUCAAACCAACAACCAUAUUGGCGCCGGGGCCUUCGGUGUCGACCCCCCCAGGAUUUUCGCCAACAGCCUCCCGCCCACUGCGGCGGCCGCCUCGGGUCCGCUCAGGAUCAAUCACUCCAAUCACACCGGCUCCAAUCACACCUACCUGAAGAACACCUACAACAAGCCGAAGCUGGCCGAACCCGAGGAGGAACUUCUCCAGCAGUUUAAAAGGGAAGAGGUAUCCCCCGCAGGAGGUUUCAGUGCCCACUACUUGUCGAUGUUUCUCUUAACUGCUGCCUGCUUAUUUUUCCUCAUAUUGGGGCUGACUUAUCUGGGAAUGAGAGGGACUGGAGUAGCGGAGGAUGGAGGACUCGGCAUAAAAAAUCCAUUUGAUGAAACAUUUGGAAAUAUACAAGAAAGUGAAAAAAAUCUUAUGAUGAACACACUAUAUAAACUUCAUGAUCGAUUGGCACAGCUUGCAGGAGAUCAUGAAUGUGGCAGUUCUAGUCAGAGGACUCUUUCUGUACAAGAGGCAGCUGCAUAUUUAAAAGAUCUAGGGCCUGAAUAUAAAGAUGUAUUUAACACUUCUUUGCAGUGGAUUUUGGAAAAUGGAAAGGAUGUUGGAAUCAGGUGUGUUGGUAAUGUUCCUGAGGAAGAACUGACAAAUAUAACUCACGUGCAGUUUUUACAAUCCACAAGACCACAGAUGUCUUUCUGGUGUCGAUUUCGCCGAGCUUUUGUUACUGUCACCCACAGGUUAUUAUUGUUAUGUUUAGGUGUAAUGAUGGUUUGUAUCGUUCUGCGUUAUAUGAAAUAUCGAUGGACAAAAGAGGAAGAAGAGACACGACAGAUGUAUGAUAUGGUGGUAAAGAUUAUAGAUGUUUUACGAAGUCAUAAUGAAGCGUGUCAGGAAAAUAAAGAUUUACAACCGUACAUGCCUAUUCCACAUGUGCGAGAUUCUUUGAUACAGCCUCAUGACAGGAAAAAAAUGAAGAAAGUAUGGGAUAGAGCUGUUGACUUUCUUGCUGCUAAUGAGUCUAGAGUUCGCACGGAAACACAAAGAAUGGGUGGUGCAGAUUUUCUGGUGUGGCGGUGGAUCCAACCUUCUGCAUCCUGUGACAAAAUAUUAGUAAUACCUUCUAAAGUUUGGCAAGGUCAAGCAUUUCAUUUAGAUAGAAGAAACUCACCACCAAAUAGUUUAACACCAUGUCUAAAGAUUCGAAAUAUGUUUGAUCCAGUUAUGGAAAUAGGAGACCAGUGGCAUUUGGCAAUUCAAGAAGCAAUUUUAGAAAAAUGUAAUGAUAAUGAUGGCAUUGUUCAUAUUGCAGUAGACAAAAAUUCACGUGAGGGCUGUGUAUAUGUUAAAUGUCUGUCCCCAGAAUAUGCUGGAAAAGCUUUCAAGGCAUUACAUGGCUCUUGGUUUGAUGGGAAAUUGGUUACAGUAAAAUAUUUACGUCUAGAUAGAUAUCACCAUCGCUUUCCCCAAGCUCUUAAUUGCAACACACCCUUGAAGCCGUCAAAUAAACAUAUGAACUCUAUGUCUCAUCUUCGUCUUCGGACUGGCCUAGCCAAUUCUCAAGGCUGUUCCUGAAAAGACUUUCUUCAGCUCCUAGAACUGUUAUUUACUGUAGGAAUAUUUGUUUGGUUUCAUGUCUUCCUUUUAAAAUGCAUUUUGUAUGUAAUAUUUUUAUUGAAUACAGCUGUAUUUAAAUGUUCCAGAAAUCUCAAGGUUCCAAAGGGACUUAACAGUGAGGCAACAAUGCUGAGUAGAUGGAAUAAUUAUUUCAUUCGGGUUUUGGAGCUCAGUUAAAGCAAUGUAUUUAAUGUUUGGCAUGACAAGCAUUGACUUUAUUAAACAUUUUCAGAUGUGAUGAUUGUACUUUUUACCAGAAGUAUUUGAAUAACCACACAAAAGCAUGGUGAAGAGGCUUCUUGUAUUUCCAUAAUUUCUUGUGAACUAAUGUUGUAAAUUUUUGUAUACGUUCACCUGCAUAGUUCCAUUCAGACUAAUGUGGUAAAACUGUUCAUUUCCCAGUUAACCUUAGAUUUCUAGUGCUUGUAAGAGAUUCAUUUACUACAGCUGGUAUAUGGGAAAGUUAAUUUGGGUUUAAUGGUUACAUAUAAGUGGGUAUACCUGUACUUAAAAUGGCUUUUGUAUAUAUGUAUAAAAUCUGGUGGUACCAAAAGUAGUCUUGUUUUUUGAGGGUGUCUGCAUAAAGCAGUAAAAUAAGCUUCCUAUUUUAUUCAUAAUCUAAUGUGUACAUAUAUGUGAAUAUGUUUGUGUAUAUAUGUGUGUAUCUGUGUGUGUGUAUGUGUGUGUGUAUGUGUAUACAGAUAUACACACAUAUAUACAUGUGGCUGGAGUAUCUCAUAGAUCAAACAGCCCAACACCUGGAAGUAUUAGAUACAAGUUUAAGAUAUCUUUUAUAGGUUUUAUAUAAAAAUGUCUCAGUAUGAUUUUAUGUGAAAGUUCUGAUACCAAUUGUAAUGGAUUCAAAUUUAUGUGAGCAAUAAAGAAGCAAUUGGCAGAUAUUGGUAAAGUAUUUUGUGAAAAACUGUAUUUAUUAUAAAUACUAGGGCUAUGAUAUAGUACCAUUGGGACAAUGUCAUUUUCCCAAUAUAUUUAUAAUUUAACGAUAUUUUAGCUUCCCCGUUAUAUGUCAAGUUUGAAACAGGGCACAGUUAUUGCAGCAAAAUGUGUAUAUUAAAAACUAUAUUUGUAAUUCUGGGUCAUGAAAAUUUGCAAAUAGUAAAUGCAGAAGUGAUUAUUGCUUUGUGCCUCAGUAUUUACUUUGUCAAAAACUUUUACUGUUUAUGAUUUCAGAUUAAAAUAUCAAUAGUUGCUGAGCAAAUGUUAAUGAUAACACAGCAAUUGGCUUUUUAAAAGAUAAUCUGUUGGUCAUUGUCAAUCGAGAUGAAUGUGAAGCAGCUGGAGUUACACAAUUUUUUGUCUAAAGCUCAGUUUGUUUUUGUUUAGUUGAAUGUGUGUUGGGUUUGCAGCAUGAACUUGCACAGAUAAUGCACGAUUUCUGGUUAAGUAAACAUGAUGCACACUGUUAUGUAACAGGAAACCCUAUUGUGCCUUACCUAUGUGCUUUUGUGGGCACCAUGUUUAUGAAGAAUAAAAAAUGAUUUGUUAUCUGAAGAGAAUAAA